AUGGAGCCGGCGGAGGUGAAGGACCGCAUCCUGGAGAACAUCUCCCUCUCCGUCAAGAAGCUGCAGAGCUACUUUGCUGCCUGUGAAGAUGAGACGCCGGCCAUCAGAAACCACGACAAGGUCCUGCAGCGGCUCUGUGAACAUCUGGACCAUGCUCUGCUCUAUGGCCUGCAAGAUCUUUCCUCGGGCUACUGGGUGCUGGUUGUUCACUUCACCCGCCGGGAAGCCAUCAAACAGAUAGAAGUGCUUCAACAUGUGGCCACCAACCUGGGACGCAGCCGGGCAUGGCUGUACCUAGCCCUCAAUGAGAACUCCUUGGAGAGCUAUUUGAGGCUGUUCCAGGAGAACCUAAGCCUGCUGCACAAGUACUAUGUCAAGNAUGCCCUGGUUUGCAGUCAUGAUCAUCUGACCUUGUUCUUAACACUGGUGUCCGGGCUGGAGUUCAUCCGCUUUGACUUGGAUUUGGAUGCUCCUUACCUGGAUCUGGCCCCAUACAUGCCAGAUUACUACAAACCUCAGUACCUGCUAGAUUUUGAGGACCGCCUGCCCAGCUCCAUGCAUGGCUCAGACAGCCUGUCCCUCAACUCUUUCAACUCUGUCACCUCCACCAACCUGGAAUGGGACGACAGCGCCAUCGCUCCAUCCAGUGAAGAUUAUGAUUUUGGAGAUGUCUUUCCAGCAAUGCAGACCAUGCCCAGCAGAGACUGGGAAGGUGGNNNNCUCACGGACACACUCAGCUGCCCACGCUCCACUGCCUCGGAGGCGAACAGCAGCAAGGCCUCCGUGAAGAGCCCGACGCAGCGCUACAACCCCUUCAACGAGGAGAAAGCCGAUGCACCAUCCUCCACCGAGACCACACCAGUGCACACAGCUUCCCGGGAGAAGGCAGAAGCCACCCCUGAAGGAACGGACCAGUCUGAGAGCUGCACGGAGCUGGAGGUCAUCAGGUUAGCCAAGAAGAAGAAAACAGGGAAGAAAAAGAAAGCAAAGCCCGAGGAGCCAGUGAACACUCCUGCGCCCGAGAUGCCCGAGACCCAGCAGGCCAGUGGAGACAGUGGUGUGAACGGGCUGAGUGACAGAGAAGACCUGCAGCGAGAUGAUGGUCUCGCUGCCCCGGCUGGUGAGCCAAGCCCGAGCGGUCAGGAAGAGAGUCGUGAGCGCUCCACCCUCAGCCAGCUGGCUUUACGCAUCCCCGAGAUGAAGGACAUAUCCAUGGAGAGUGUGGGGCAGCCACUGAGCAAGGUGAUGGACAGGCUCAACGGGCAGCUGGACCCCGGUGGCUGGAACGCCCCCCUCGAGCCCCCCGGGCAGUCCUUUCGGACUGGCACGCCAGGGGAGACCCCAGAUGGAUCGUCCUCUGGCGACUUUAGUGAGGGGAUUUCAGCCCCCAUGGACUUCUACCGCUUUACCGUUGAGAGUCCAAACGCUGCUGCACCAGGUGGUGGCCACCAUGACGCUCCAGGGCCUGGCCAACCGGCACAUGUUUCUGGUAGCCCUGAGGCUCCUGAAGAAGAAGAAAGCAGAGAAGGAGAAGCAGUUGGGGCAGUAGAGGAGUGUGGAGGGGCAAGCGAUGAACCCCAAACUGGCCAGACAGAAACUGCCAACCCUCAGGCUCUCUGUGAGCCAAAGAAGGAGCAGCCCAGCCCUUCCCUGAGCAGCGCCGAGGACUCUGGCGUGGAGGAAGGGCAGGGCAGCCCUUCAGAGCUGACCCAUCCCUCUGAGUUCAGGGUGGAUAACAACCAUCUCCUCCUGCUGAUGAUCCACGUCUUUCGGGAGAAUGAGGAACAGUUGUUCAGGAUGAUUCGAAUGAGCACUGGGCACAUGGAGGGGAACCUGCAGCUGAUCUACGUCCUGCUGACAGAUUGCUACGUGUACCUGAUCCGGAAAGGGGCAGCGGAGAAGCCAUACAUGGUGGAGGAGGCUGUGUCCUAUAAUGAGCUGGACUACAUUUCGGUUGGGCUGGAUCAGCAGACGGUGACUCUGGUGUGCACCAACCGGAGGAAGCAGUACCUGCUCGACACUGCAGACGUGGCUCUCACCGAGUUCUUCCUGGUCUCCUUGAAGUCAGCCAUGAUCAAAGGGUGCCGGGAGCCCCCGUACCCCAGUAUCCUCACGGAUGCCACCAUGGAGAAACUGGCACUCGCAAAGUUUGUGGCCCAGGAGUCCAAGUGUGAGGCCUGCGACGUGGUUGUGCGUUUCUACGGCCUUGUUCACUGGGAAGACCCCAUGGACGAGGCGCUGGGAUCCACCAACAAUAGCUACACCUCUGCCGAAAACACGGUCACCAAGGAUGGCAUCCUGCACUACAAGGCGGGGACCUCCUACCUGGGCAAGGAGCAGUGGAAGACCUGCUUCGUGGUGCUCAGCAACGGGAUCUUGUACCAGUACCCAGACCGCACCGACGUCACCCCUCUGCUCUCCAUCAACAUGGGCGGCGAGCAGUGUGGGGGAUGCCGGCGCUCCAACACCACCGACCGGCCCCACUCCUUCCAGGUGAUCCUGACGGACCGGCCCUCCCUGGAGCUGAGCGCCGAGAACGAGGAAGACAUGGCAGACUGGAUGCAGUACUUCUGCCAAGCUGUCUCCAAAGGGGUGAUCCCCCAGGGUGUUGCCCCUACACCUUGCGUCCCCUGCUGCCUCGUGCUGACAGACAAGAAGGCUUUCACCUGCCACGAGGACUGCCAGACAAGCUUCUUCCGCUCGCUGGGCACCGUGGAGCUGACAGACAUCACCGCCAUCUCCACGGAGGCUGGCAAGGAGUACUGUAUCUUGGAGUUUGCUCAGGACCGCAAGCAGUUCCUGCCCCCCUGGGUCCUCUAUUUUAGUUGCACUACAGAACUGGAGAGGUUCCUCUCGGCGCUGAACGCCGCGUGGAGGAACAUCUACCAGGUCGACCUCCUGCACAAGGCCAUUCUGGACGCCACCGUCAAGAAGAAAUGCGAAGACGCCCAGAGCCUCAUCGACAGCGCCUGGCAGCGCAGCGACAGCCUCUGCCGCGGGCGAGCGGAGCGGGAUCCCUGGUGUUAACCCUGGCUGGGGGGAAGGAUGGCUGAUGGGGGCCCAUUUUUGGAGAGCAGGGCCUGUAUCCAGCUGCCCCGCAGCCAACCCCCAACCCUCCUGCCAUUGCUCGGUCCCCACCAGGAAUGUGCCUGCAGGCGUGGACCCCGCACCCCAUCCCCACCACACUCUCCACUGAGUCG